AUGUCUGAUUCAGCAGGUGGCAAUGCGCCGAAGCCGAGCAGCAGCGUCAAGCUCGUGCUGCUUGGUGAAGCCGCAGUUGGCAAGUCUUCACUCGUCUUGCGCUUUGUCAACAAUGAUUUUCAAGAGAACAAGGAGCCAACAAUCGGCGCUGCCUUCCUGACACAGAAAUGCACCCUGCCCACACGCACAAUCAAAUUCGAGAUCUGGGAUACAGCUGGGCAAGAGCGCUUCGCCUCCCUUGCGCCCAUGUACUACCGCAACGCCCAGGCCGCUCUUGUUGUUUACGACGUCACGAAGCCGUCAUCAUUGACGAAAGCAAAGCACUGGGUUGCUGAGCUGCAGCGCCAGGCGAGCCCCGGAAUUGUCAUUGCCCUGGUCGGCAACAAGCUGGACUUGACCAACGACGGCGGCGAGAUCACAGGCAGCUCGGGCUCAACAGCCGUGGACUCUGAGUUGGCAGAAGAUGGAGAUGAGGCACCUGCUGACGAACUUGAUGGGGCACUUCCCGCCUCGGGCGAUGCACGAAAGGUAUCAGCCCGAGAAGCAAGUUCCUACGCCGAGGAGGAGGGACUCUUGUUCUUCGAGACCAGUGCGAAGCUCGGAACAAAUGUCGUUGAUGUCUUCACUGCCAUCGCGAAUGCUAUUCCAGAAAGUAGCUUGAAGACGGGCCGAGGAACUGCAGCAGCAGGUCAAACCUCUCUGGGAAACCGAUCGGCCGAAGAUGCGAGAGUCAAUUUGGGGGAUCGUAACGCGGCUACUGCCAAGGAGGGCUGCGCUUGCUAA